CAACUCUCUCUGCUUUCUUCUGCCGCUGCUCACUCUAGUAGAUUGGUACUAGCUUCGCCAUGGAUUGCGCAAGCCCUGGUGGGACUGACACAUCGACGGACCCAGACCUUGACAAGAAUCAAGCGUUCGAACAAGGGCAUGCUGCUGCUGCUGGGCUCACGCCUCCGGAUUCCGGUGACAGAUCAAAUGGUGAACUAGGUCCAAAGACGCUCCGUCGCCUCGCCCAAAACCGUGAAGCUGCUAGGAGAAGCCGUCUAAGAAAAAAGGCAUAUGUCCAGCAGCUCGAGAGCAGCGGCCUGAGGCUUGCUCAUCUGGAGCAGGAGCUCCAGCGUGCUCGCCAACAGGGCUUUCUCGUUUCUACUUUAGGGGACCAGCCCGAUUCAGAGAACGGAGACGGAGCUUCUUCGUUCUACGUGGAAUACGCACGGUGGCUGGAGGAGCACCACAAGCAGGCAGACGAGCUCAGGGCCGCCGUCAGCGCCCACGCCGGAGACGGCGACCUCCAGGCCAUCGUUGACACCGUCAUGGCACGCUGCGACGAGAUCUUCAGGCUCAAGGGCGCCACGGCCAAGGCCGACGCCUUCCGCGUCCUGUCGGGGACGUGGACGACCCCCGUCGAGAGGUGCUUCCUCUGGUUCGGCGGCUUCCGGCCAUCCGAGCUUCUCAAGCUGCUCGCGAGCAGGCUGGAGCCCCUCACCGAGAAGCAGCUCGACAGUAUCGAUGUCCUGCGGCGUUCCUCCCUGCAAGCCGAAGAAGUACUCUCGAGAGAGAUGGAAGCGCUGCGACAGUCGGUCACGGAAACCGUCGCGGCGGCAGGAUCGUCGUCCCAGAGCUGCUCCGACGAUGAUUGCACGGGCCAAAUGGCGGCGGCGGUGGGAAAGCUUGGCGCCAUGGAAGGCCUCCUGCGGCAGGCUGAUGAUCUGCGACUGCGGAUUCUCGAGGAAACGCGGCGGGUACUGACCAUCCGUCAGUGCGCACGAGCGGUGCUCGUGGUCAGCGACUACUUCUCCCGGAUGCGCGCCCUGAGUUCUCUCUGGAUCGCACGUCCGACGACCGGAGUGAACUGAGUUUCCACAGUCGGACAUAUUAUUAUUAUUCGAGAAAAGCAAAAGAGAACGUAGUACUAUGGACUGCAUAUGAACUGAAAUAAUUAGUGAACAAAUCUCUAUCUCUAUCUUUAUCCCUACUACUUAAAAAU